GCGCUAAACUGGACAAGAACAAGUACUAAGGUAGUUGGCUCGUCCAGUUCCAUCAAAUCUCUAUAAGGAUUUCAAACUUUGAUUGUAUUGAUUUUUUUUAACUCGUAAGACAACAUCUAUAUUUUUCAUAUAUCUUAUGAAAAAGAGAAUAACUAACAAAUUAGGCUCCAAAACAACCUUAAAAUCAUGUUUUUGUCACUAAUAUCACUAGACCAAUAAUACUUAGUUACUCUGUUAGCAUACUACACCAAAAAUUCUGAAAAUCUACCCAACUUUUAAUUCCAAUUUAAAAGCUAACAACAUUACUAAUUUGAUCUUUGUUUUAUUUUAAAAUGGUUUAUAUUUCUAUCCUCCUCUAUCUUUUUUUUUUUUCUCCUGGAAAUAAAAACAAAGCAAAAAUUUCUUCGCUCUUUCUUGUUCUUUCUUACUUUCUGUGAUUGUGUAACUCUCUGUCCCUUUCCCUCUUCGCAAAGAGAGGGACUUGGCCCCGACCUCCCACCGUCCUCCAUUGAAACAAAGCUUAAAGCUUCCCCACAAACUUUCCUUCCCAACCAUAACAAAACCCUAAAAAAAUCUGAGCUUACCCAUUUCCUUCCUCCUCCAAACCAACGGAGGAGCAACCUCCCAAUUCCCAUGUCCAUCCAUGAUUCCGUUCCAGCUCCUUCUUCACUUCUUUCUCCUAGGGUUUCGUAUCCAAUCGCUGCUACUCGCGAAUCGUAGCUCCGAAUCUGGGCUUCUUUCUUCCCUCUAUCGUUUUGCAUCUCCUUGGUGAAGUUCGGCUCCAGGGUUUCUUAUCUGUGUUCGGUUUUUGCUUGGGUUUCUGUGAGAAUGGAGCGAUCUGCUUCGGGUAAAGAUGUUGCAUCGAGGGACUUUACUGAGUCUUCCUCCUCCGGUGUGUCUCGAUUUUGCUUCCCUUUUGUUGUUGCUUCACUCGUUUUCGUUGGAUUGGUGUUCGAAUUUGUUGGUGGGUGUUCUUGUUUGUGGUAAUGUUGGAGAGCAAUCAGUGAGUGAGGGAGAGGAGUCUGAUGAAGUUGGGGGAAGUAUGAAAAUUUCGGCAUACAAGUGGCUUCUUGAUCAGGUUACGCUUGGAAAGAUUACAGAUUUAUGAGUGACAUUGGGGCUAGGUGUAAGAACACUAGUGCUGUUUAGCACAUUAGCUCCCAGAUGUGUUAGAUCAUGUGUGCACAGCUUGUUUGUUGUCUCUAGUAAUUUAACAGGGACAUUUUUAGUUUUGGCGGUCUUUCCUUUCUUAAGUCUGCAUUGGAUGUUUGUUAUCUUCAUGAAUUUUAUGGCAUGGAUCUUCAACCAGCCUCGACAGUUCUCUAGUUGGCAUAUGAUCUAGAUUUAAUUCUUUGAACUCUUGAUGGGCAUAUAAACUUCUUUUUGGCGGUGCACAUGGGGUAUCUUAAAUACAAAUGAACUUUGAACGGCUCAGAAGUUCCAUCUGUAUUGCCUUUGAACAAAGCCGAAGUCCCAGUUCAUUUUACUCGCAUGAGCAUCUUGCCUUGAAGGUCAAAUGUAUUACUAUUGAGGUUUGAUUAAAUCUAUAUUUGGACUGUCAUUCAGGUGGGAUGUUUGAUGCAUCACAGUACGAGUUUUUUGGUCAACAUGCUGGGGAUGGAGUGGAGUUGGGUGGUCUGGAAGAUCAAAAUCCUGUCUUUGGAUCUGUCGGUGACGAAUACCGCUUGUUUGAUAGAGAUGAAGUAAGAUGUUUAUUGACAGUCAAUGACCUAUGUCAAUGUUCUUCAUGUAUAUGUGAAAGACCCUCAAGUGUUACCUUGCUGUAGUAAUGUGCAUAUCCUUCAGCUUGUCAAAUUUGUUUUCUUGAGCUGAGGGUGCAUAUUAUGCUAUUAAUAGGCUCUUUAACCAAAAUCUUCUUUUGUUUGAGUUAUUUGACCUGUGUACACUGACAUCAUAUUUCCCUUGUAGUGCUUUUUGGUCGGUUCUACUCAUGGGGAUCACUUCUUUAGUGUUGGUGUCUUUCCUCAAACUGGUUUACAGUGUCUACCAGUGCCAGUCUAGAUUUGUUAGGACCAUAAACCGGCAGUUUAAACUGUAUCAAGCCUAAGUAUGAGUACCUAUGCAAACACUGGAAAUGCCGUUACUAAGAGACUUUCUUAGCAGUUCUUAGGAGGAGGAUGUCUAGAGGUGGUUGCUUUUGUCUGCUGCAGCGUAAGAGCUGGUUUAACAAGUUCUCUGGUUCUGGUUCUGUAAGCAUAUGAUAGAAAUAUGUAAUGCUGGAAGCUUUUGAUUGUUUAUGUUGCCUUAACAAGUCACUAUCUAAUCAAUGUCUUAAUUUUCCUUCUCACAACCAUCUCUCUGAUAAGUAUUGUGCAUGUUCUUAUCUUUCUCCAGGGGGCAAGCUUAGGAUCCUUAUCUGAUAUGGAUGAUUUGGCAAGUACCUUUGCGAAGGUAACUUCCCGAACUUCCUUUUUAUUUGUUAAUUUUGCACUGUGCUUGUCUAUUGCUCUUGUGUUAUGUUGUUAAGUCUUGUGGAAUGAUGCAAUUUUUGUGUGGCUGUAUAUUGUAUUUAGUUACAUCAAGCACUUUUGGACCUGUUCUUUUGCAUAAUUGUCACUCAAUUAGUGGUUUGUUUUCCUUCCUGAUUCUUAAGAAAUGAUUUGUUUUCUGUAAAAAAAUGCAUCAGUUGCCAUUUCUGUGAUGGCAGUAGUUAUAUUAUAUGCUGUUGUUGAUGGAUGUUUGUGUUACUGUCCAGAAAAUUUGAUUCUGAGGUGUUUGGAUGGAUGGUCUGUUUUAAGUACUUAUAUCAUGCUUGCUUGUUAGGAUUUAUUACAAAACAAUAGGAGAAAGUUAUGCAAUCUACAAACAGUAUUAUGUAUGCUUGGUAUUGGCAUAUCAGCUGAUUAUUGUCGGAACAAAUUUUUUUUUGAUAGUUUAAUGUUGUUGACCUUUGCUGUCAUGGUUUUUGUUCUUUCUUGUCUUUUUACCUAACCUGAAUCUUGUUUAUUUUGCACAGUUGAAUCGAGUUGUUACUGGUCCAAGGAACCCAGGAGUGAUUGGUGAUCGGGGAUCAGGAUCAUUCUCCAGAGAAAGUGAGUGAACCUAUUUCGGGCUUAUGUUGCUACGUUUUGAUUCAUAUUCCAUUAGCAGCUCUAUAGAUUGGAAUAUCUGAUUGGUCAUGAUGUUGUACUCGGUAGUUUCCCCCACUGUUUGAAUGGAUAUAGUGCAGUAGAUGUUGGUGUAAGGAUUAGAGUAGGCGGCUGUUAUCUCUAGCUUCUAUGGACUCUAAUGCCAGGACUCUUAUCUGAAUAGUUUACAGUUACUAGAACGGUACUGGUGUCAACUCCAUGAACUUGUCCAUGGAUCUCAUGAAUAGACUCUGAAUCAUAGCUUUCAGAAAUUUGCAACUUAUCCUAGAUGGCUUUCAGUUCCUAGUGUUUACUAUGAGUCUUGAAUUUCUUCCCUGCUGUAUGUGUUCAUCAGUUUAUAAAUAUUUAAUGUGUUUUUUCUGAUGGUCCAACUUGGCCUAUUGUCGUUGAUUAUCCAUCCCUGUUCAAAAUAUCCAGGUUCAUCGAUCGCUGAAUGGGCACAAGACAGUGAAUCUUCUUCCUGGUUUGAUCAACAUGGAUAUGAUUCAGAAAGUUUUCAUGACAGCAGGAUGUCUUCUUUAUCCCUCACCCAACCUUUAUCUGCUAGGCUAUCAGAAUCAAAACCUCUGUACAGAACUUCCUCUUAUCCCCAGCAGCAACAUGGAGAAUUCAGCAACAACUGGCUAGAUCAGCAGAUAUUUGAUACAGAAACCGUUCAGGAAAACAAGAGAUGGUCAUCACAGCCAUCUAUUCAUUUCGCAGAAUCAAAACCCUUACACAGGACUUCUUCCUAUCCUCUACAGCAACACCAGCAGCAUUUCCCAAGUGAACCAGCUCCUUUUCCAAAAUCAAAUUUCACUUCUUUUCCGCCACCCGGUGGCAGAAUUGAUCAGCCACUACAACAGUACCAUAGUGUUCCUUCUCCUUCAGGGGGAUUGCAGUUGCCAUAUUCUGCUCCAAACAUGUCUCCACUAUCCAACCCCAACUUCCAUUUGGCUGGUUUACAUCCUGGGGCACACUUUGCUGGAAAUAUGUCCCAGCAGAUCACAUCUCCUGGCCUUUCUUUUAGUAACAGGCCUCAGAAGCAGUGGCUCAACCAUGGUGGCUUGCUAAACCAUGUCGACCAUUCUAGUCUUUUGCAGAGCGUCUUGCAACAACAGCUGUCUCAGCAUCAGAAUGGGCUCAUGGCUCCACAGUUGUUGUCACCCCAAAGCAGGUUGCACUCUACGGUUCAACCAUCCAUGGCUCAUUUUGCUGCACUGCAGUCUCAACUCUAUGCUUCGCAUCCAUCAGCUCAUAAAUUAAUGCUCGGUUUGGGGGAUGGUAGGGAGCACAAGCAUAAGUCACAUAGAGGGCGUCAUAAUUCUCGGUCUUCAAAUCAGGGUUCGGAUGCUGGUGGUAGUCAGAGAAGUGACAGUGGUCCAUCGAUUCAGUUCAGAUCAAAAUACAUGACAUCUGAAGAGAUUGAGAGCAUUCUGAAAAUGCAGCAUGCAGCUACUCAUGGCAACGACGCUUAUGUAGAUGAUUACUACCAUCAAGCUCGCCUCUCCAAGAAAUCUACCACAGGAGGGUCAAAGUCGAAGCAUCACUUCUGCCCAUCUCACCUGAAAGAGGUUCCUUCUCGAUCACGAAACAAUAGCAGUUCUGAACAGCAGCAGUCGUAUCAUGUGGAUGCAAUGGGGAAGAUUCCCAUACCAACUGUACGUAGGCCCCGCCCUCUCCUCGAAGCAGGCCCUGUUUCUACAGAUGGCAGUGAACAGAUAUCCGACACGCCUCUCGAGAAGGAACCAAUGCUUGCAGCUAGAGUCACAGUUGAAGAUGGGUUGGCCCUGCUUAUCGAUGUUGAUGAUAUUGAUCGGUACCUUCUGUUUAAUCAGCCGGCUGAUGGUGGUGUUCAGCUGAGGCGGCGGCGGCAGAUUCUCCUCGAGAGUUUGGCAACAGCUCUUCAACUCGUAGAUCCUCUCGGUCAGAAGAACCCUGGUAAUAAUACUUCAGCUGGCCCCGCAUCAAAGGAUGAUCUUGUGUUCUUGCGUUUAGUAGCUUUGCCCAAGGGUAGAAAACUCAUCACAAAGUUCCUUCAGCUUCUAAUCCCUGGUAGCAACCUCGUCCGAAUUGUGUGCAUGGCGGUUUUCCGACACCUCAGAUUUUUGUUUGGUUCUGUGCCCUCCGACCCGGCAGCAGCCAAGACAAGCUUGAACCUGACAAAGACAGUGUGUGCGUGCAUCAGUAGCAUGGAUCUUCAUGCACUAAGUUCUUGCCUUGUUGCAGUUGUUUGCUCAUCAGAACAGCCACCAUUUCGGCCUCUUGGCAGUCCGGCUGGUGAUGGAGCCUCGGUUGUUUUGAAAUCUAUCCUCGAGAGGGCAACUAAACUGUUAAUUGAUUCUCAGGCGGUGGCUGCCAGCUGUCAUCCGGUGGUGCCCAACUUUGCUCUCUGGCAGGCGUCCUUUGAUGAGUUCUUUGAUCUGCUGACUAAGUAUUGUUUGGCGAAGUAUGAGACUAUUCUGCAGUCAGUCUAUGCUAAAACACCAACUGGUACAGAGGAUAUUGAUGAAGAUGUACGUGGAGCGACUAAGAGGGAAAUGCCGGUUGAGCUUCUGCGUGCUUGCCUCCCCCAUACUAAUGAACACCAGAUGGAUCUAUUGAGACAUUUUGGACAGCAGCGAAAUUCUCUGACUGAACUGAGUACACAUACGGGUUCUAGCGGAAUCAUAAGUUCCGAAUCAGUCAGAAGUUAAAACUAGAUCAGUUACUUGUGAGAAUGUUCCUGUCAGGGGUAUUAUGGGCUGACAGGGAGAGUGGGGGGAAGAGCUGCUGCUACAGAAGCUCUGUUCUUGAUUAACGGUUCUAAUGUUUUGACGUUGUGGAAACUGUGUUUUGACAUUGAUUGACCUUAAUUGUCAUCAAUUGUUCAAUGUGUAUAUGCUGCGAUCAUUUGGGAAAUGGUGAUUAUCAGGGAGAUAGGAGUGAGGACACCACAAGGGGUGAACUGUACAGGGGUGGUGGAACUGGAAAUAGAUCAGUAGAAAGUUUCUGUCUUCAUAACGGAAUUAUGGGCUUCAUAUGACAGGCGGUUUUGGGGAUCCGAAGGAAGUUACUUCUCUCUUUUGAACUUUUGGAUGCUUUGGUUCUCAGGCAUGACUGAAAUAUGCUUACUGGGGCUUGGCUAUGACUCGGUACUUCCGAGUCUUGUCUUUGUAAUAAUUUAAACGAGAAGCUGUGGAAGGUGGUCAUGGAAGAUGGAAAUUUUUAGAACAGAUUUAGUAACCAUAGUUUUUAGUUUUUACUACUGUUGUCGUUUCCCCUCUAUCUCCCUCUUCUUUCAUGUUUCAUCUGUGGUUCCCUUUUGUUUCUCUUUCAUAUUUUCCUUUUUGGGUUCAUGUUAUUGGCAGGAUCAAGACAUCUCUGAGUGUAUGAAGAAUAUGGGUACACUUGUGGUGGUGGGUGCACUUUCCCCUUGUCCACUUAUGUAUUCAAGGAAAGGGGCAAGAAAGAUGCUUUAGUUCUUUUCCUUUUUCCAUCUGUUAGUGGGAGUUCAGGUAGUAGUUGAAACCUGAAAGAGCCUCAGAAGGCGAUGUGAAUCAAAUGCUCUCAAUGAUUGAGGGCCAGUGGUCUGAGUGCAUGGAUUCUGUUUUUGUCGAAUCCUUUGCAGGUUAGGAGUAUGUGGCUUGCCUUAGGUUGGUGUCGUCCUGUAUUAUGUAGAAAACAGCCAGCUGAGCCGCGCAAUGGUAACUUUUUCUCUACGGGUUGUAGUUUUGUCAAGAAGAAACGGUUGGCUUGUGUGUUCUUUUGUCGAUACUACAUAAAGUAGUUAGCUUUGCAAAUUGUUCAGGCAGGAUCAUGUCGAUGUUCGAUCCGCAGUGUACUGCUUUUUUUUAGUGAAAAGUUUGUACUGGUUCACAUUAUUCCUGUAUAUUUCUCUCUCUCUCUCUCUCUCUCUCUCUCUCAAUAAUGCUUCAAAUAGGUUUGGAUUGGAAGGAGUGAACUGGUUCUCCCCUGGAUAGUCUUUUCUUACAUAACACAUUACCCUCAACAACUGUGUAAAUAUCCAGGUAUUGUCAAUUCCUAUAUAUUGCUUAAUUGCUUGCAGCUAGAAUGCCAAGAAACUCCAAUAUCGAAGUGGUGAAUGGUGAUUCACAAACAGUCUCGGUCCCCUUUUGUUCCCUCUAGCAUUAUGCCAUGACGACAUAGUAGGACGACCUGCUUAUAUCGAUCCAGACAGAUUGAAGCAUUGUACUAGUAUGCCAAGUCGAGUUUGAAUGCGGAACUAUCAAUAGAAUAUAAUAAGACUUUUCCA